AUGGUAGCAAUCAGGGAUAUCAACAUCACCCCUUUAAGGGUGACUUCCAAAGGCAAUAUCUCAGGCGGAUUGUUGAGACCAGAUGCACCAAACCCUUGGUAUUCUCCUCUCAACGCUUCUAUUGGACCUGGCACCGGUUGGGCUAACGAUGCCGACCGCGCUGGGUGGUAUGUCCCUAUAAAGGACUGUCAGUACCCCAACCCUUGGGCUGGCGGUGGAUUGCCCGCUCCAACGGGACCCUUCUGCGGAGGAGCAGCCCCGCAACCUGUCAAAAGCUCUCCACCCAGUUUACGAAGACGAUAAGAUCUGAAUAAUUACGACUGUUGUAACACUUUUCUUCUGGCCAUCCACCGUUGUAGAUUUAUCCAUAUCGUAUACCUGUGUUUUUUUUAAUUUGCUUGAGACUUAACUAGCCGCUGCUCACAUAAUCUAUAGUUAACUUAAAUAUAUACUCCAUAAUCCUCUACCUGUGUUGUCAACUCAAACUUUUUUUCCACUGGUGCAUAUUGAAAAAAAAAACACUUCUAAGAGGAGGAUAUAAUCCCUUGGAAAGAGACUUUUUCACGUUGCCCUUUUCACAGAUCAUGUUAUUGUUGUUACAACAAAAGAAUAAAUAUGGCUACAAUGCAUUAUCCUUUUGCCUUCAGAAACAUCUGAUCAAGGGCACAGAGUUUGUGUGCUUUGGAUAGGUAUUUCCUCUCCC